CCCUUUUAAAAGUGAACUUUUGCUUUCUGCCAACAACGCCUCAAAAAAGCAAUCUUUAAAAUAUGGCGGAAUUGGCAGCGUCUGAAAGUACGUUCGUUGAGCGGCCGAUAUUUGACGACGCCGAGCAUGCGUUUCAGGAGCACCUGGCAGCUUUGAAGAGGGGAACGGAAUCCGUUUACCACCCCCGAGCGCUGAACGAUCAUCAGCACCCCCAUCCCGCCCACCACGGACAUUUUCAAGGGCGCCAUCCAGUACCCCAUCAUCCAGCUCACCAUCCCCAGCAUCACAACUAUCAUCCUCAUCCUUCCCAUUCUAAUCAGAGCCACCAGCAUUUCCAGCCACGCCAUCCUCAUCAUCGCCAUCCGGCACCCCAUCAUCAUCCUCCCCAACAUGGCUCAGGGGCUAAAACAUCAAUAGCUGGUGAAAUAGCUAAGGCUAGAGAACAAAUAAAACACACAUUACAUGGUCUUGAUGGUGAAGGUGCAGAUAAAUUUGAUGAGAUGAUGAAAGACUAUAUUGAAAUCAAGAAAAAGCUGUCGGAGUUGGAAAAGAUUGUCGGAGAGUUGUCAAAGAAAGUUGAGAGUUUGGAUAAAUUGAAUUUGGCGGCACCGUCGACGAUAUCAUCAUCAGAACCUGUGGUCCCAGCGAAAGCAGCUGCAGCAUGGAAAUCUAAUGCUGCAGCUGCCGAAGAGGAAGACGAAGAUGAUGAUGACUUUGAAUUGUUUGAAUCUGAUAAAGGCGUUGUGGACGAUGAUUACGAGCGAGUGAAGCAGGAGAGGGUGAAGGCUUAUGAAGAGAAGAAAUCUAAGAAACCGCAGUUGAUAGCGAAAUCCAACAUUAUUCUCAGUGUUAAGCCAUGGGACGAUGAGAUUGACAUGAGUAAGAUAGAGAAGUGCGUGAGAAGUAUCGAGAUGGAUGGCUUGCUCUGGGGAGCUUCAAAGCUUGUUCCAGUGGCCUAUGGAAUCAAAGCAUUACAGAUAUCAUGUGUUGUUGAAGAUGAUAAGGUGAGCACUGAAGAGCUUGAGGAAAAGAUCGUUGCUUUUGAAGACUAUAAAAUAACCGAGCACAAAUUAUCAGUCGAUCCGCCUGUUUUAACGGAGGAAGAAUCGAAAAGUCGUUUCAUUCCGGAGAAUUUUAGGUGCGAUGCUUGCAAGGCCGUCGCUUUUCAGUUUUACACUGCUUUUGAUGACUUCAACAAAUACAACAAACAACACAAGUACAACAUCCCAGAAUACGAAUUACUAGACUUGGUUGAUAAAAUAUGUGAUCCAUCUACUUACAAAUUAUAUGGAAUCAAAGAAAUAAAAGGUUUGAAAAAGUUAUCUGGGGGCGGUUUGCCCUCUAGGGAUGUACCUGUCGUCAUGUCAGGUGGUGGAAUGUGGCCUGGGAGGUGACUCUCCCAACUAUGUCAGAGAAUCGUAGAAGAUGUAGAUGAGGUGGAAAUAUACAGGUUCUACAGGGAGGAACCAGAUGACAUCUACCAUCUGCAGAAGUAUUUGUGCUUCCAAACGGGGCUUAGAGGGGACUGUAAGAGGGAGAUCGAUCGAGAAUAUCAGAAAAAAAGGUCCCAGAUCACGAAUAACAAUCAU